ACUAGGACCAACACCUCAUACUGUGCCAAACCAAACCCGAGUGAAAGUGAAAAAAAGAGUAAUGACGUUGGGUCCGGGAACUGCUACAGGCUCUCAUGCCUCAACCAGAUCGCCAGGCUCCCCUGCCUCAGCCGGCACGUCGGGCUUUCAUGCCUCAGACGGAUCGCCAGGCUCCCCUGCCUCAGCCGGCACGUCGGGCUUUCAUGCCUCAACCAGAUCGCCAGGCUCUCCUGCCUCAGCCGGCACGUCGGGCUUUCAUGCCUCAACCAGAUCGCCAGGCUCUCCUGCCUCAGCCGGCACGUCGGGCUUUCAUGCCUCAGAUGGAUCACCAGGCUCCCUUGCCUCAGCCGGCACGUCGGGCUUUCAUGCCUCAGCCGGAUUGCCAGGCUCCCCUGCCUCUACUGAUCUGUCAGGUUCCCGCGUCCCAGCUGACUCGACAGGUUCCCGUGCCUCAGCUGUCGUGACAGGUUCUCACACAUCAGCAGGGGUGACCCGUCCGCUCCUGAUCCCUCAGGUUCGUCCCCUUUGACGGCGUCCUGCGGCUGGAGCCGUGCAUUGGGGAGGGGGUGCUGGCACGUAUACUGACCUCUCUGGCCUCUAGGUUAUCAGGCUGUUGAUUAUCCCACACACCUGUCACCAUCGUCUUGCACACCUGCGCCUCAUGACUCUCACCUGGACUCCAUCACCUCCUUGAUGAUCUUCCCUAUAUCUGUCACUCCCUUGGUUCUUUCCUCAGGUGUUAUUGACUCUGUUUCAUUG